AUGGCCGUUACCUUGCUCCGCAGCAAUCCUUCGGCGUGGUUUCGUGAUGCACCGAUCGAGCCGAGAGACCUUGAGCUCAUCUCUGCCGAUCGCGUGGAUUUCGUUGUCUACAAUCAGGGGAGUUACCUGCGUAAGAUCUACCAUAUGAAAGCGGGUGAAGGAUUCGAGAGUACUAUUUGGAAGGUCGAGGCCGACGAGGAGUGUAAAGAGUUGGUUCGUUCGGCUGGGGCAAAGCUAUAUGGGUACGAUGAGGGACCUAGCAUAUCUCCACACUGGGCUAUUGUCACCGUCAACGUCAAUAUUAUGACUCCUCCCAGUUUCCCCUUCCAUUGGGGUUUUCUUUCCACACAGCCCGAGAAUAUCCGCAUCUUCAAGAGGCCUGCGGGGUUUUGUGACUUACACGGUUGCGACGCUAUGAUACUGCGUAGCUGUAUCGCCAACACAGAUGGGCUCAUAGACACGCCGAGCGUUGCCGACCGUGUAUGGGAUAUUCUGUGUCUAAAGAUGGGCGAUGAUUAUGACUAUCCGUGGAUGGUUGUCGCGGUGAAGGACGCUGGACCCCUCCCCGAGGAUGAAUUCGAUACCUGUGGCUGCCAGGACCCGUCGGCAUGUGGUUGCAGCUUUGAGUGA